AUGACUUGUGCAUCUUACGACAGUGGAGUGAGAUUUUACACGUCAAAACAAACUUUCCUCAGUAUCCAUUACCAAGAUCCCUCUGACCCUAAAUCAAAACCUGUGAUAGUUGAUUUGCCUCCUCUUCCUAAAGGAUCCCAAAUCCAAAGUCUGGCCAUGUCCUCUUCUCCUGACCUAAACAACAAAGACUGGGUAGUGGCCGUCAAGUACUCGGGAUCUCAGCUGAGGCUCUAUAGGCCUGCUUGUCACGACAACUCUCAGUGGAUAGAUAUCGAAACCACGCCAUGCUCUAUAAACCCUUUCUCGAGUCUCAUGUAUUCCAAAAAAGAUGAAAGGUUCUACAUUCCAACUCCUGGAGGCGAAUACUGGUGCUCCUUGGAUCUCCACUUCAAGAAGGGUUACCACCCCGACUUUAAUAUUACGUGGAAUGUAAAUAUUCCUAGAUCUUUGAUGCACGAGUAUUUGCAUGAGUUGGAUUCGCUUUUGAGGACAGACCAUCUGGUGGAGUCACCCUCUGGCGAAAAGUUCCUCGUCAAAUGGUACAGUGGAGACUCUUUCAAAAAUAUCAACGGAGUGAGGACCUUCGAGCACAAAACAAAACGGUUCAUGGUGUUUAGAACGGAUGACCCAAAGAAAGAAUUCAAAGUAAUGUCAUACACAGACAACAUUGGAGAUCUUUGUAUAUUUCUUGGACAUGGUGAAGCUCUUUGUGUCCCCGCGAGCUCAUCUCCUGGGCUCAAGCCUAACUGCAUCUAUUUUGUAGGGUAUACCUUUGGUGUUUACGAUAUUGCCACCAGACUUUGCACAACCUUCAUCACAAAUGAAGGUGUAUUAAAGUCCACUGAGUUCCCUUACUGGCCUUCUCCAAUUCCUCUCUACUCUUAG